UCAUAAUGGUAGUUCGUGGCUUCGUGCACGUGCCGUGAGACCAGCCGCUACGCCUCGUGGAACGCGCCAGCCAAGCUCUAUGCGCCCUUUGGCUCUCAUGUCAUGCAUCACACGCCCACCGCAACGGCUCGAUGGAGGCGGCAACGUUCUGCUUCGUCUCGCUCCUCACGUUCUGUUUCCUCUCGUCCAUGGCGUUGAUGCUGGGGUAUUACGGCUCCGUGGAGCUGGCCGUCGGCCCGGGAUGCUCGCGGCUUGUGCAGGCCAGCUCGGUCUUUGUGCGGGGCAUCAAGGUGAGGGUCGACGAAGGUUCACAAGGGAAUGGGGGGCGGCUGGAGCUCUACGGGCUGGCCGGGGCUCCGCCGCUGGACGUGCCGGCCGAGUGGUCGGAGGCUCGCCGCGUCGUCGUGCCCGUCAACUCUCACAGGGAAUGGGUAUAUAUCCUGAACAAGGGAGCUCAAAUAGAAGUCGCUUACAGUGUCAAGUCUGAAACUGACGCGCCUUAUCCACUCUGCGUCAUCAUUGCACAAGGUAAGGAAAGCUUCAUACAGUGGACUGAGAAGCCAUCAGUACACAAUACCACAGUGUCUUGGCACUUAGUGCAGGGAAAUGGAACAAUUGAGCAGACCGUCGAUCUGUCCUCUGAGUACUACAUUGCCGUCCACAACUUAAACGAUCGUCAGGACACAACGGUGCAGCUGGACUUCGGAUUCAGGACCUUGUCCUACAACACCACUGGAGCAGAGUACAGAUGCUCACCGGCUCAACAUAUUUGCACCUACAUAUUACCAUUUUUAGGACAAAAUGUUGCAGUCCUGUCAUCCGGUCUGAAAGAGAGACUGGAUUCUGACGAACAAUACGUGAAAGUGUCAUACGAACCUCGCUGGAUAGUGUACGUUGUUGGAUCAGCCGUCUUGGCUGUUGCGCUGCUUCUCUUGUACGAGAUACUGAACAUGCUGUUCGGCGCCUGCACCGGAGGCGGCGGCGGCCACGGCGGUGCGGACCGGAGAGCGCCACUUCUUGCGAACAAAGAGGAGGACAGCGCGAGCCUGGGCUCGUCCUACGACUCCGUUUCGCACGACGGCGACGACGAGGGCGCGGAGGAAAGGGGGGAGGGCGGCCGCGAAGGCUGCGUGGUGUGCUGCGACGCCCCCAAGGACUGCUUCUUCCUCCCGUGCGGGCAUUCCGCCACCUGCUACGCGUGCGGUGCGAGGAUCGUGGAAGAAGGUAGCAGCUGCCCGUUCUGCCGGAGGAAACUGAAGAAAGUGAGAAGGAUCUUCGCUGUCUAACUGACCUGACGGCCGGCUUCUCUUGUGAUCUCGUUCUGUGCCGGUGGCCAGCGUGCUGCGUGUGCUUCAACUUCUGGUGGUGUUUCUGGCCAAGGCUGGCAGGAGCAAAAAAAAAAAAAAAAAAAAAGUAAACAA